CAUAAAGAAGACUGGGCAUUACUACUUGACCCUGAAAAUAUUAGAUGGCAUCCACCAGAAAGGGCAAUCUCUCGGCCAUUGAAAGAUAUUAUUACCAACAAGGAAAAAGAAAGGCAAAAACAAUCAAAGGUUGAUGGAAAUGGUCUGGGUUUCCUGGGGCAAAAACCUGAAGGGGUCCCUGAGGAUGUGGACGAUAUGGUCAGAACUCAAGUUACUCCUGUGCGAGAGGUGAUUUAUGCUCAAAAGAUACACAAUGUAUGCUCAAUUCAAGCCUCCUGCUUAUGUAAACUUGGUUAUUUUCCUUGAAGUACAUAUGCCCACCAAACCUUUCCAUCAUUUGUUUUAUUCAGUCGUGUCAGCCACAGCUGAAUUUUUUUGAUGUGACUAAAACCACACUUGCCUAUCCAAAAACUUAAACAUUAUUAUCUUUUGAACUGAAUAGUCAUGCUGAUAAAUUGACUUUACAAUUUGUUUACAUGCACGUGUAUAGUGGAGCCUAUAGAAGGCCGACUGCUGAAGUUACUGAGGUGGAUAACUUUGAAGGAAUUCUACCGGGUAGCAUUGUUGUGGUUAAUCUUGACAGCAACUACAAACCUCCCCAUCUGGCCAAAGUAAGAGAGAUCACUAACUCCUUCUUCACUGUGCAGUGGCUUAAGGGUAGCUACAAAGGAAAGUGGGUAUCAUGGCCUGGAUGGACUUCCACCCAAAUUCCUAAAGAAAGUGUGAUUUAUUUUGAUAUUGAGUUAGAUGAGAACGAUAGACUUAGAGAGGAGUCUGCACAGUACUUAAGAAGGAGGUACAAAGAGUUAAAAAAAAGGUAA